AUGGCUCUCCCGUUCGGCCCUCCCGCUUUCUCCCGGUUCCUCUCGCGGGAGUCGUUGCCAUGUGACCGCUGCGUGGAGAUCGGCGAGAGCGUCCGCGGGGAGGAUGUCUACAUCGUGCAGAGCGGCUGCGGGGAGAUCAACGACAACCUGAUGGAGCUGCUGAUCAUGAUCAACGCCUGCAAGAUCGCCUCGGCCAGCAGGGUCACCGCCGUCAUCCCCUGCUUCCCCUACGCCCGCCAGGACAAGAAGGACAAGAGCCGGGCCCCCAUAUCUGCAAAGCUGGUGGCCAACAUGCUCUCUGUGGCUGGCGCAGACCACAUCAUCACCAUGGACCUGCAUGCUUCACAGAUCCAGGGCUUUUUUGACAUCCCCGUGGACAAUCUUUACGCUGAGCCUGCAGUCCUGAAAUGGAUCAAAGAGAACAUUGUGGAGUGGAAGACCUGCACCAUCGUCUCGCCAGAUGCUGGAGGCGCCAAAAGAGUGACUUCCAUUGCGGAUCGGCUGAAUGUGGAUUUUGCCCUCAUUCACAAGGAGAGGAAGAAGGCCAACGAGGUCGACCGCAUGGUGCUGGUGGGAGAUGUGAAGGAUAGGGUGGCCAUCUUGGUGGACGAUAUGGCAGACACCUGUGGCACCAUCUGCCACGCAGCAGACAAGCUGCUCUCAGCUGGAGCCACCAAAGUUUACGCCAUCCUCACUCAUGGGAUCUUCUCUGGGCCGGCCAUCACUCGAAUCAACAGUGCCUGCUUUGAGGCCGUAGUUGUGACAAACACCAUCCCCCAAGAGGAAAAGAUGAAGCACUGCCCUAAAAUCCAGGUGAUCGACAUCUCCAUGAUCCUGGCCGAGGCCAUCCGGAGGACUCACAACGGGGAAUCUGUCUCUUACCUGUUCAGCCACGUCCCUUUAUAACAGUAGAGGCUGCUCAUGCUGCUGCUGCUUGUGUGGCUUUUUGAAAAACCAAAAUUUGUUAUAAGGUUUCAGUAGAAGAUGUUGCUCGUUUUGACCGCAGCUCUCCUCUCUUCUGCCUCUCCGCUUCCCAAAGCUGGGUCUGGGGAGGGUCACGUUUCAAGCACUCGUAGACACGUCAUCUGCGGUCACUUCUGUAGUUUAGACGUCCUGUGAAAUUGUUGAACUGUUUCCGGCCAGCGGAGAACUAAGAACUGGCUCUGCAGGUGCCGCACCUGAGGCGGGUGGUGGGUGCCGGAGUGAGAAUUCCAUUUUGCAUGCAGCCGUUUGGAUCAUGAGGUUCGGGGAGGCUCCUCCUUGGCAGCAGGAAGCCUCCAGUCAUCGACUGCUUCUGCCCAUCUUGGCCACGCUUGGUUCCCACCAGCGCAGGGUGGCCUUCCUGAUCCUCUUGUUUUUGUUUUGUUUUGUUUUUUUGGUCCUAGUGUCCAUCUCAUUUCAGCGGGGUGGGCGGGCGGGUGUGUGUCUCCAAGCCCCCACCCCACCCUUUAAAGGAUUUCCUCUUUGGAGCUUUGUUUUGAUUGGCAGCCUUUCUGGCCCUCUGCCACCCCCAGCUUCUGGUCCCCUUGGCAGGUUUUUGCAUCCUUGGUGCCUUGGGAACGACGCACGUGCACCUUGUGCUUUUCUGGGUGCAUUGGCAGGCUGGCUUUAUUUAUUGGUGCUUUUUUGGUUGUCCCUUGUUAGCUGCAACACGACACUCCCAGGAACAGCGCGAGGCAGAUGGGGCCCCUCCCAGGCCCAUUGGCCAAAGGCAUCCAGCAGCUCAGAGUCAAACCCAGCAUCUGCCUUCCUUUGCAAACUGUCUGGGCUCAUCCAGGAGAGAGAUGACUUGAGGAGAGAAUGCCCUUGUGUUGACCAGCCCACUCAGGUUGGGGACAUUAGGGGAGGGCAAGCUGUGUCUGGCAGAGCAGAAGCCUGGGUGGGUGUUCUGGGCCCAGGUUGUUCUUGGUGCCCUUCUCACGAAAUGCACCCGCCUGGGUUUGGUCCAGUGGCAAUUCAGCUCCUCUGUGAACCUUGGCUUGUGUUCUCUUCUUUGUCUGUCUGUCUGCCAUGUGAGUCUGUGCGUGUGUGUGUGUGUGUGUGCUUGUUUCUUUGUUUUGGGCCCUUCCGGCCUCUGCAGCUGCCGCCUCUGCUCCAUCCUGACCUGAAGCAGAGGCUGAAGGUUUAGGGCAACCUGAAGGAUUCUGCAGCGUUGGUGUUAUUGACGGGCCGAGUGAAGGAGUAUUAAACUUUUAUUUAAAAACUGA